UCUUUCUCAAAGUUGCACGAGUGUCGAGUUGCGAGCGCAGAAUUGAUUUUAUUUAAAGUUACUCACAGUAACAAUGUUAAUGUAGUAUUUGCGAGUGUUGUCCACGUUACGUGACCAUGGGCUACGAUAUCGGCUGGAUCAUCCCGCGCCUGCGAAGCCCGGGCAGGUUGUGGUACUGUGCGAGCUCCAUCACAUUGGCAGUCGUCGGUUUAUUUAGUAAGAUUGUCAUAGAGUUCCUUAACAAGACUACGGUGUACAACAAGGAAGCGCUGCAGCGCGCCGUGUGCCGGCCGCCCGGCGUGCCGCUGCUCACCGUGUCCAACCACCACUCCUGCUUCGACGACCCCGGCCUGUGGGGCGUGCUGGACUGCGUGACGCUGGUGCGCGGCUCGCGCAUGCGCUGGUCGCUGGCGGCGCACGACAUCUGCUUCACCAACGCGCUGCACUCGUACUUCUUCGCGCUCGGCAAGUGCGUGCCCGUCGUGCGCGGCGCCGGCGUCUACCAGCCAGCGAUCGACUUCUGCGUGGAGCGGCUGGAGCGCGGCGAGUGGGUGCACAUCUUCCCGGAGGGCCGCGUGAACGUGGACAAGGAGCACAUCCGCUUCAAGUGGGGCGUGGGCCGCCUCGUGGCCGCGUGCGCCGCGCCGCCGCUCAUCGUGCCCGUGUGGCACGAGGGGCUCGACCGCGUGCUGCCCAACCAGGAGCCCUACCUGCUCAAGUUCCGCAAGCGCGUGUUCCUCAACGUCGGCGAGCCCAUUCAGAUCGAUCAUCUCUUAGAUAGGUUAAGAAAAUCGAACGCCAGCGAGGAGGAGACGCGGAAAGCGAUCACGGACCGCAUCCAGGACGAGCUGCUGCGGCUGCGCGAGAGCACGCACGCGCUCAUCCGGCGCGCGCUCGGCGCCGCCGCCGACUCGCUGCUGGAGCGGCCGGCGCCCGAGCCCGCGCCCGCGCCGCCGCCGCUGCCCGCCGCGCGCCUGACCAACGGCACCGCGCGCGCCGACAAGGACAAGGAGCUGUAG